ACAUUACCAAUCAGCGUCGCCGAGUGAAUCGCUGCAGGCAACGCAACUAGUCACAGUCACUACCACUGACUACACUAGUCUCGGCCUUGACUAGACAUUUCGAUCUAGCUUCACGUUUUCUUGUUAUGUAUGUUGGGCAAGAUCGGACGCCUUAAUCAUCACACUUGAUCAUCAUGACCGAUUACGGGACGAAUCUGCGCACCUGAGGAGAUGCAUUUGCUGAAAAUUGCGUCGGAGCGAUUGACGAGAGCGACAGACUGACGAAAGAUCAUCAUGGGAUCCACAGUGAAGGAGGAAGCAAGCCGCCUGACAGCACCCUGCGAGUGCAAGGGUCGCGACGAGACGGACACGGUUCCCAACCACCGCUACCACGUCCACACGUGGGAGCUGCUGAUCCUAAUUUUCUCCAUCAGCAGCUACAUCAUUGAUAUUCUCUUCGACAUCAACCUAUCUCGGGUGUUUUUCGGUGAAGGCAAAGUCACCUACGCUGUGCUGACCUUGAUGUUUGUGCUUGUGCCCUCAAUGAUAACAAUCGCUUUGAGUGUUAGAUGGUACAUGCAGGACGAGGCUGGAGAGGUGACAGACAAACGUUCCAAAGGGUGCUGGGUGCUCAGGUUUUUCGUCAUGAUGCUGCAACUAGCACCGGUUUUGAGGUAUACUGAUUCGUGGCACCAUGGUUGGAAAUGUAGGCAGGCCGAGAAAAGAAAGGAUUUUGAGAAUCAAAAGCGCUACUACAAACUGAUGCUAAAAGAAGAUGCCGACGCUGCCUUGCUGAGGGUUUUUGAAUGUUUUCUUGAAGCUGCACCACAGCUUGUUCUGCAGUUCACAAUAAUCAUGAUAGAAACCAAAGAUUUGGGCCUAGAUAAAGUUAUCAGUGACCUUGGCUUAAAGGAUGCACCUCAGGCACUCUCCAUUAUAACAUCGUUAAUUAGCAUUGCUUGGUCCAUGGCCUCUUACCAAAGAUCGAUUCGAUUCGCCACAGACCAUAAACAGAAUAUUUCUGUUGCUGGCAGUGCCCUUCAAUUCACGUGGCACAUUCUCAUAGCAGUAUCAAGAAUUCUCUCCUUCAGCAUUCUUGCCUCAAAGUAUCCCAUCUGGACUGGUGUUAUAGUAGUUUGUCACUGUCUUGUAAUGACCAUUUGGCUGACCUAUUGGAAGCCUCCACCUGGCUGCGAAGGCUACACCUAUGCCUGGACCGUGGCUUACAGCUGGAUCCUUGGCCUAGUAUAUCUGUUCGUCUACAUCUCAACCAUUCAAGGCCGAACGAGAAAUUUUUACCUCUUCUACUAUUCGAUUUUCUUUUUUGAGAAUCUUGGAAUGUUGACCUGGUACGCUUGCAGUAUUUACAACGAAACGCAGCCUUGGUAUUUCACUAUGGUCUUCGUUGGAGCUUCUGUUAGCUUUUUUGCUGGCAUUAUUGUCAUGCUCGUCUAUUAUGGGUGGUUCCAUCCCACUGCUGAAAAGAGUUUUGAUCUUCCGAAAGAGUCAAUUUGCAGGCAGAGGUGCCACAAUUCAAAUUCUACUCUCCAAAUAAAUGAUCUGAACGAAACCAUUGAUGACGACUUGGAACAGAUAAAGUUAGAUAAUUGUGUCAUAACUUUUCGAAACACGGAUGAAGACUUGACUGCUUCUGCAUGUAGUUAGUCUAGAAAGAAUUUAGGAAUCGCAUGAAGUGGACAGGUGGCCGAAACAGGCUGAAUAUUAUAUUUUGUAAAUAUAUAAUCUACUUAACAAUUGCUGAAACCUUUUUAAAAAAUUUACAUUCUUAGUCCACUUGUCCACUGGAUGCUAUGAUUGCUAGUCUGCAGAUCUUUACUGAUCCUGACCAAUUGCUGAUCAAACCAUGUUGCCUUUGCAUUCUGGCGCAAUUCACAAAUUUUUGCUGCCGCUGUGAUCUUAAAAUAUUGAGCAGGGUGUUAGGAAAUUUAUUUUUUCUCGUUUGUAUGAUUUUGCAGCUUUGAAAUAGUUUUAGUUGUUAAAUCAUUAAUAUUUUAAUGCUUAAUUUGAAGCAAAUGUAAAUAUAUUUCUAAAUUGUAAACCCUGCUCUUACAGUAACGUUGGCCCAUACAAAAUUUUGAAAUUCCAUUUACUCAAUAAUAGUUCUACUUAGAAAAAUUGCUGCAAUGCUGUGUAUUUGAAUGCUUUUUGUUCAAACAAUGCGUCCAGCUUCUUUAUUAUUCAUGCAUUGCAGUCCAAACCAUAACACUGUAAUGCCAAUUUCUACUGUUUAUGUAAUGGUGUAAUUUAUUUUUAGCAUAGAUUUACACUGUCUUUCAUACAAAAUCUCUCUAAUUUGUUAAAUAUUGAAAUGUAAAACUAAAAUGUACUAAAAAUGAAAUUGUUGGUCACUGAAUUAUAAGAUGUCAUGUUCCUAUUUUUGUACAUUCAGUGUAUACCUUUUUCACAUCCAGAUCUUUUUGAAACCAAAUAAAACAAAUCUUUUAACUGA